UUGAAUGCUGAUUUGCAACACUCUGAAUUUAUUUUAUAAUAUCACAGUGGAUUGUAAUCAGCAGUUUGAUACAAGCUGGGCUGGGUAAAGCCUCAGUUCCUUACACCAAUGAGAGAAGGUAAGUUUGUGUUCUGGCCGGUGGGGCCAGGGAAGCAAAUCCCAUUUGUUCAAUCUAGGCAGGCUUUUCAGAGAGGAUUUCUGGCAUCAUCUCGGGAUCAAAGCCAAGGAUGGUCUGAGGAGUUGCAGGCCCAAAGGUAGCUGGAGGAAACAGACUUGGGAAGAAAUGCUGAGCCACAGCGAGAGGGAAGGAAAAUAAAAGAAGCAAAGACAGACCCUGCUGCGAGGGACCACGAGGCAGUGCCAGGAUAAAGAAGCUGGAGUAACCUGGGUGAUUCUGAGCUGAGGCCCCAGCUUGUGGCCACCACAACGUAUCAAGCUAUUUCCAGGGUUGGGCUCAGGACUCGGAGCUGACGCAGCUGGGGUCCCUCUUGGUUCUGGAGGAUGAGGCUCCUCCGCAGACACCACACGCCCCUGCGCCUGGCCAUAGUGGGCUGCGCCUUUGUGUUCUUCCUCUUCCUCCUGCAUAGGGACGUGAGCAACAGGGCGGAGGCCACAGAGAAGCCGUGGCUGAAGUCCCUGGUGAGCCGGAAGGAUCACGUCCUGGACCUCAUGCUGGAGGCCAUGAACAACCUUAGAGAUUCAAUGCCCAAGCUCCAAAUCAAGGCUCCAGAAGCCCAGCCGGCUCUGUUCUUCAUCAACCAGUCCUGCCUCCCUGGGUUCUACACCCCAGCUGAACUAAAGCCCUUCUGGGAACGGCCACCACAGGAUCCCAAUGCCCCUGGGGCAGAUGGAAAAGCAUUUCAGAAGAGCAAGUGGACCCCCCUAGAGACCCAGGAAAAGGAAGAAGGCUAUAAGAAGCACUGCUUCAAUGCCUUUGCCAGCGACCGGAUCUCCCUGCAGAGGUCCCUAGGGCCAGACACCCGACCACCUGAGUGUGUAGACCAGAAGUUCCGGCGCUGCCCCCCACUGGCCACCACCAGCGUCAUCAUUGUGUUCCACAAUGAGGCCUGGUCCACGCUGCUGCGAACAGUGUACAGCGUCCUACACACCACCCCUGCCAUCUUGCUCAAAGAGAUCAUAUUGGUGGAUGAUGCCAGCACUGAGGAACACCUAAAGGAGAAGCUGGAGCAGUACGUGAAGCAGCUGCAGGUGGUGAAGGUGGUACGGCAGGAGGAGCGGAAGGGGCUGAUCACCGCCCGGCUGCUGGGGGCCAGCGUGGCACAAGCGGAGGUGCUCACGUUCCUGGAUGCCCACUGUGAGUGCUUCCACGGCUGGCUGGAGCCCCUCCUGGCUCGAAUCGCUGAGGACAAGACAGUGGUGGUGAGCCCAGACAUCGUCACCAUCGACCUUAAUACUUUUGAGUUCGCCAAGCCCGUCCAGAGGGGCAGAGUCCACAGCCGAGGCAACUUUGACUGGAGCCUGACCUUCGGCUGGGAAACACUUCCUCCACAUGAGAAGCAGAGGCGCAAGGAUGAGACCUACCCCAUCAAAUCCCCGACGUUUGCUGGUGGCCUCUUCUCCAUCUCCAAGUCCUACUUUGAGCACAUCGGUACCUAUGAUAAUCAGAUGGAGAUCUGGGGAGGGGAGAACGUGGAAAUGUCCUUCCGGGUAUGGCAGUGUGGGGGCCAGCUGGAGAUCAUCCCCUGCUCUGUCGUAGGCCAUGUGUUUCGGACCAAGAGCCCCCACACCUUCCCCAAGGGUACUAGUGUCAUUGCUCGCAAUCAAGUGCGCCUGGCGGAGGUCUGGAUGGACAGCUACAAGAAGAUUUUCUAUAGGAGAAAUCUGCAGGCAGCAAAGAUGGCCCAAGAGAAAUCCUUCGGUGACAUUUCGGAACGACUGCAGCUGAGGGAACAACUGCACUGUCACAGCUUUUCCUGGUACCUGCACAAUGUCUACCCAGAGAUGUUUGUUCCUGACCUGACGCCCACCUUCUAUGGUGCCAUCAAGAACCUCGGCACCAACCAAUGCCUGGAUGUGGGUGAGAACAACCGUGGGGGGAAGCCCCUCAUCAUGUACUCUUGCCACGGCCUUGGCGGCAACCAGUACUUUGAGUACACAACUCAGAGGGACCUUCGCCACAACAUUGCAAAACAGCUGUGUCUACAUGUCAGCAAGGGUGCCCUGGGCCUCGGGAGCUGCCACUUCACUGGCAAGAAUAGCCAGGUCCCCAAGGACGAGGAAUGGGAAUUGACCCAGGAUCAGCUCAUCAGGAACUCAGGAUCUGGUACCUGCCUGACAUCCCAGGACAAAAAGCCAGCCAUGGCCCCCUGUAAUCCCAGUGACCCCCAACAGUUGUGGCUCUUUGUCUAGGACCCAGAUCAUCCCUGGAGAGAGCCCCCACAAGCUCCUCAGGAAACAGGAUUGCUGAUGUCUGGGAACCUGAUCACCAGCUUCUUGGGAGGCCGUAAAGAUGGAUUUCUAAACCCACUGGGUGGCAAGGCAGGACCUUCCUACUCCUUGCAACAACAUUGGGCCCAUUUUCUUUCCUUCACACCAACGGAAGAAACCAUUAGGACAUAUAUUUAGCCUAGGGUUUUCCUGUUCUAGAAACAGAGGCUUCCAAAGUAGGGAAGGUAGCUGGGGGAAGGUUCAGGGCAGCAAUGCUGAGCUCAAGAAAAGUACUUCAGGCUGGGCACGGUGGCUCAUGCCUGAAAUUCUAGCACUUUGGGAAGACAAGGUGGGAAAAUGGCUUGAGCCCAGGAGUUCAAGACCAGCCUGAGCAACAUAGUGAGGAUCCCAUCUCUAUGCCCACCCCUGCCCCCUCACCAAAAAAGAAAAAUAGCUGGGCAUGGUGGCUUACGCCUGUAGUAGCAGCUACUCAGAAGGCUGGGGUGGGAGGAUUGUUUGCGCCCCAGAGGUUGAAGCUACAGUGAGCCUUGAUUGUGUCACUGCACUCCAGCCUGGGCAACAGGUGAGACUCUAUCUCAAAAAAAAAAAAAAAAAAAAAAAAAAAGAAGAAGAAGAAGAAAAGAAAAGUACUUCUACAGAAGAAGAAGAAAAGAAAAGUACUUCUACAGCCAUGUCCUGAUUCCUUGAUCAUCCAAAGUACCUGCAGAGUCCAGUGAAAUGGUAUUUUCUGGCUGGGCACAGUGGCUCACACCUGUAAUCCUAGCACUUUGGGAGGCCAAGGCAGGUGGAUCACCUGAGGUCAGAAGAUUGAGACCAGCCUGGACUACGUGGUGAAACCCCAUCUC